UCUUAAGAGGUUAAGACUAUCUCAGUCCAACACAAAUAUCACAGGUUAAUUCUUUACUGCCAUCUAGUGCUUAUGUGUUGUAAGCGCACAUACCGCCCCUAACAAAUGCAGUAGCCCCUCACUGCAACAAAUGAGGUGAACCCCCCCCCACCAACCCGGAAUGUGUCAUGUGACAUCCGUCAGCCAACCGCAACACAGGCGCGAAAUGAAAGUGAUGUGACGGCGCUGCUGCUAAACACCAAACGGCGGUGUUGACGGGAAGAGAAAUGGACCUGCCGCAGAAGAGAAAACGAAUAAGCUACGAAUUAACCAACUCCCAGCCCUCCACCCGCGAGGCUGCACCCUCCACCAGCACGAAUGGCCAAGCGGGAGGUUUCGUGGAGGGCGCGAUCCUCCGCAUCACCAUGCAUAACUUCCUCACAUACGAUCACUCGCAAGUUUUCCCGGGACCCAAGCUGAACAUGAUCGUGGGAGCCAAUGGCACAGGGAAGUCCAGUAUAGUGUGUGCCAUCUGCCUGGGCCUGGCUGGAAAAACAGCCGUCCUGGGACGAGGAGACAAGGUUGGUCUGUAUGUGAAGCGAGGAUGCAGCAAGGGUUCAGUUGAAAUUGAGCUAUACAGAGCGAAUGGCAAUCUGAUAAUCAGCAGAGAGAUCCAGGAGGAGAACAACCAGUCAACAUGGAUGCUCAAUAAAAAACACGCCAGUCAGAGGGCUGUGGAGGAGGCUGUGAAAGAGCUGCACAUUCAGGUCGGGAACCUGUGUCAGUUCCUACCACAGGAGAAGGUUGGUGAGUUUGCUAAGAUGAGUAAUAUCGAGCUUCUGGAAGCCACUGAGAAGUCUGUCGGCCCGCCAGAAAUGUAUGAGUUUCACUGCGAGCUCAAGACGUAUUGUAGCAAAGAGAGCAAACUGGAGAAUGUGUGUAAGGAGAAAGCCGACUUCCUAGAGAUGGCCAGACAGAGGAAUGAGAGGAACAAACUGGAUGUGAAGCGCUACUACAUGAAGAAGAGACACUUGGACAGGAUCCAGAUGCUAGAGAAGAAGAAACCCUUGGUGGAGUAUGAAACAGCACGUAAAGAGCUCGAGGGGGUGAAGAAGGAGAGAGAGGAAAUGAAAAGGAAGCUGAAGUCUCUGAAAGAAGCUCAGGAGCCGCUGCUCAGGAAGAUCCGCUCAGUGGAGAGUCAGCUGCAGCCCAUCGAGCACCAGAUGAAGGAGUUGACUGCUGGUAUCAAAGAUGCAUCACAGAAAUGUAAGCAGAAACACGAUCAGCUUGAACUGAGGAAUAAAGAGGUUGAUAACAUCAGACAGGACCUGAGUCUGAAGCAGACGGAGGAGGCGGACCGGCAGAAGCGGAUCGGACACACGCAGCUCAUGAUCAAAGACCUGCAGAAGGAGCUUCAGAACAUGGGCAGCAUGGAGGAUGUCACGCCUCAGAUCGAGGCUGUUAACGCAGAGCUGAAGAACAUCCAGGACGAAAAAGCCAAACUGGAGGGCGAGAGUUUGGACCUGCGCAGAGACAAAGACGAAGCCUCUGGAGAAUUACACCGUUUGCAGAAUCGUCUGAGGAGUCUGGAGGACAUGAUGAAGAUGAAAGAGGAUAAACUGCGCGUCCGUUUCCGUGACACCUACACCGCCCUCAUGUGGCUGAGGAAUAACCGUGAUCGUUUCGAAGGCAACGUCUAUGAUCCCAUGAUGCUGGUGAUUAAUGUCCGUGAUGCUCGGCACGCAAAAUACGUUGAGAGUCAAAUUCCUGCCAACGACUUGAGAGCCUUUGUCUUUCAGAGACAGGAGGACAUGGAGAAGUUCAUGACAGAGGUGCGAGACACACAGAGGCUGCGAGUUAACAGCGUCAUCGCUCCAGCGGAGUCCUGCUCUAAACGACCUCCAUCACGACCCCUGGAGACUCUGAAGCGUUAUGGCUUCUUCUCGUAUUUGCGUGAGCUGUUCGAUGCUCCUGAGGAGGUCAUGAGUUACUUGUGCCAUCAGUACAGAGUCAAUGAUGUGCCUGUAGGAACAGAGAAGACCAAGAGCAUGAUCGAGAUGGUGAUCAGAGAGCUUCAGUUGAGGGUGAUCUACACAGCGGAGGAGAAGUACAACGUGAAGAAGUCCAACUACUCUAAUAAUGUGGUGUCCAGUAACUCGGCCCUGCGACCCUCGCAGUUCCUCACUAUGACCAUAGAUGCAGACGAGAGACACCAGCUGGAGGAGCAGCUGAGGGUGAGACACACUGUCUACACUGCUUUAGGAUUUAAAUGUUGGGGCACAUUGGCAGCAGAGAGGAAGGUGCAGAGAUGUGAUCAACGGAUGGCAGCCGUUCGUGAGCAGCUAACUAAACUGGACCGCCAUGAUAAUGAGCUGCGUGCUAAGAAGAAGAAACUGUCUGAGCUGAAAGGCAAGAAGAGACAGCUGGAGCAGAAAAUCAGCACAAAACAGGACAGGUACCUUCCUCCUAAAACCAGCUGUGUGCAGCUUUGUUUUAAAUCCGCUAUCUUUUAUAUCUUUUUCUCUCUGUGCAGUUUGCGGCAGAUGGAGCAGAACGAGAUCAACUUGCAGGCAAUUGAAGAGGAAACGAAUACCAAGAUCGCGGCUGUAAACAACAAGAAAGUGGCCAUAAUGGAGGAGUAUCUGAGUCGCAUGCAGAUGAAGGCCAGAAUGAGUAUGGAGAAGGUGUACUUGGCUCUCCAGAGCGCAGGUCUCUCUGCUGAGAAAACCAAACUGAAGACGGACUGCAGGGACAGUUUAGCUGAACUCAAGCAAGCAGAGGGGGUGUACACCAAGUUGGACCAGAUAAAGACCAAUCUGUUAGCCAAGUGUAAGACCCUGAUGAGUAGGGCCAGUGCAAUCUGUAAAAUGAGCCCCGGAGAGACGGCCGUCCCAGAUGAACUACACGCAGACUUCAGCCAGUUGCCCGAUACACUGGAUGAGAUUGAUGCCAUGUUGAAUGAGGAGAAGACCAGAGCUGAGUGCUUCACCGGCCUCAGUGUUGCUGUGGUGGAGGAAUAUAACAGACGUGAGCUGGAGAUUAAGAACAUGGAGAAGGAGCUGGACGACAAGACCAACGCUCUGAGAACCUACAGACAAAACAUUGCUGAGGCCAAAGAGCGCUGGCUGAAUUCUCUGAAGCAGCUGGUGGAUCAGAUCAACGAGCGCUUCAGUGAUUUCUUUCGCUCCAUGCAGUGCGCUGGAGAGGUGGAUCUGCACUCGGAGAACGAGGAGUAUGAUAAGUACGGCAUCCGUAUCCGGGUGAAGUUUCGCAGCACCACACAGCUGCAUGAGCUGACGCCUCACCAUCAGAGCGGCGGAGAGCGCAGCGUGUCCACCAUGCUGUACCUCAUGGCCCUGCAGGAGCUCAACCGCUGCCCCUUCAGAGUGGUGGACGAGAUCAACCAGGGCAUGGAUCCUGUCAAUGAGAGACGAGUGUUUGACAUUGUAGUGAGGACGGCGUGUGGUGUGAACACGUCUCAGUAUUUCUUCAUCACACCUAAGCUCCUGCAGAACCUGCAGUACGCGGAGCAGAUGACCAUCCUCUGUGUGCACAACGGACCCUACAUGCUGCCGCCGAACAAAUGGAGCGAGAAAGCCUUCAUGCGACGCGCCAAACGCGGACACAACUGCUGAAGAAACUCAACUACAUGUUGAGCUGUUCAGAGUAGCUCAAGUUCUAGUUGGAUUACCAGUUCAGAUGCUAAGUGCCUUCAUGUCAAAUAUGCAUAAAAAAUUUUACGAGUUCUGAAGAAACGUUUUUGUUUAAUAAAUUACUAAAUGUAACUGCUGUUUCCUUAAAACCAAGUCUAGUGUUUAUUCUCACUAAAGGAGGCAUCUCUAUUAUUAUUAUUGCUCACACAUAGGGUCAGAAAUGUAACAUGAGAACAGUUUUACACAGUAACAUCCAGUGAUGCAAACUACUCAGUUUUUUUUUGGUCAAAUUUCACCAUUUUGAUUUAAUAAUAUAGGCUGUCAUUCACAUGAUUCAUGCAAUUCAUAAUCGAAUGUGACCAGACAAGAAGCAUUUUUCCAUUUUGUGUUUUCAACACAGGUAUACAAAUAAGAUUGAAUGUAUGGCUAUUUUAAAAUAUAAAUAUUUAAUAAUAUAAAUAAUUUUUUUGUUGAUAUCACUGCACUUGUUUGUUUGGCUGUCAGUCUGUUGGAUUUUUCAGUGAGCCUUUAUGCAGGUGACAUGAACUCUUGACUUUGAGACAUUGAAUCAUUGACUCAACUGAUUCGUUUAAAAACACUGAUUCAUUUAGGAAGGAAACAUAUUUGCAGUGCUGCUAUUACAUUUGUAAGCGUCAGUACAGUGCUGCCUUGAAAGCAUUGUAGUUAGUAAUGGUGAAACGAGGCUUUGCGAAGAGUCAAGGCUUUCCUUUCUAUUCUAUAAAGAGUUAAUUACUUGAAGAUUGUACAAUUUAAAAAAUAAAUAAAUAAAAAAGCACCUACCGAACUAUCAUUACAGCCGCUGGUUUCACAUCUGGCUCUGAAGCUAAUUGCAACGUUAAAUGAUUAACAUUUAAUUUUAAAGUAUUAAAAGUCACUGCUGAUUAAAUCGUUCAGGUGUAUUGGCAGGAAAAUGAAAAUUCCUUAUCCCUUGUAAACCUGCCACAAUCCUACUACUAUUAUAAGAUAUAAUAAAAAAAAAACAAUUCCUACUGCCCAUCUAGCAAUUUUAUCUUUUGUUUUAUAUAAGUUAGGUAGUUUUAUGGGGGAAAAUCUGGCAACACCGUGACACUGCUAAAUCUCCCGUUUUAUAAAUUAGUUUAGUCUUUUUCCAUUAUUUUGCACAAAUAAAGCUUAGCAACAGCUAGGAGAUUUUCAGUUUCAGUGGGCGGGGCUUACAUGAAUAUUCAUGAGCUUCCCAGACGUGCCUUGUAUCUCAUUAACGGAAUAUAUUUUUAGCGUUGUGCAAACAAACAUACAUUUGUUCAUCAUUUCGUAACCGUUUAUAAUGUUUUAUUAGUUACGUACUAUUAGUUACGUUUUGUGCAGCCGUCACUGACUGAAUGAUUGCAAUCAUUCUUUGUGCAAUGUCAGGAUAAAGCACAGCAGUCUCAUAUAAAAACGUUCUACUGCAGAUAUGGGACAUUAUUACACUUUAAAAGCCUAUAAAGACCCCGGA